AUGGCAAGCAUGCGUCGUGGACAGGCCUUAGGGCUCGCCUUCGGCAUCAUCGUACUCUAUCUCCUCUUCUUCUCCGGGUCAGACACCGACUUCCGCAAAACCACUGAAUCAUCUCUGGCGCGACGGCGUGGCAUUCUGCGCGGAGACCUGUCCGACGCCGACUUGACUGCGAAGACCAACCGAGAACUCCAAAUGAUCCUCGACAAACAGAAGCAGAUCUUGGAGCCAUCUCCAGCUCAAAGGGGGGAGCCUAACCCAUGGGCCUCGAGCGGAGCAUCGGACGACGAUGCGAUCAGUGUCGCCGGGAGGAAAACAAUGCCGAAAACAAAAGAAAAGCCAAGAUACCCUAUGGAUGGUGUCGUUGGCGCAACCGACGACGAGGGUCAAGAGGUAGCCUUGAAUGGCGGCAAAGCCGAAAAGCCGGAAGACGAGGGCGAGACUAUGGCGCGGCAAGAAUUGCAAAGCAUCCUCAAGAAGAGUCCUAUCAUCAUCUUUUCCAAGUCUUACUGUCCUUACUCCAAACGCGCCAAAGCUCUACUCCUCGAAAAAUAUACCAUUUCACCGGCGCCGUAUGUGGUGGAACUCGAUUGGAUGAACUCACCGGUGCCAAAACCACCGGGUGAGGAUGAUGGUGAUGACGAUGCCCCCGUUCCCACCCUUGGACGUAAAAUCCAGGAUCUGCUAGUCUCGUUGACGGGACGACGGACAGUGCCGAACAUCAUGAUCAACACGCAGAGUCUAGGCGGGAGCGACGAUCUUGCACACCUGCACUCUGAGGGCAAGUUGGAGGAAGAGAUCAAGAGGAUGGGAGGCAAGAGGAUUGUGAGUGUGGAGAGGAAUCACGGCGAGAGUUAG